AUGGUUUUCAUUCUAGGAGUCAACUUCCCCGAGCGGAACCUGCUCAAGAAAUCUCUCCAAGGCUUCUUCGGAGUUGGCCCAGACACUUCCAGCCGUCUCCUCGCCCGCUUCAACAUCCACCCAACAUGCCGUGUUGGUGAGCUCGCCAACAAGCAGGUCCUCGACCUCACUGCCGUGCUUUCGGAAAUGAAGAUUGAGAACGACCUGCGCCGAGAUAUCCUUAACAACAUCAAGCGUCUGAAAGAGACUGGUACCUACCGUGGUCGACGUCAUGCGCUCGGUUUGCCCGUGAGAGGACAGCGCACUCGCACCCAGAUCAAAACUCCUAUCCGGCUGAACCGUAUGGAGCGCCGGCUGUAA